UAGUUGACGUAAUACUGUCCUCUGAUGCCGCAGGUCAACGUGAUUUUUUUUGGGAAGUCAGGGUUUCAGCUAAAUUUUAAAUUGAAGUUCUGUACAUUACAAGAUGUCUGUAUUGAGUAGGAGCGCGCUUUUGUUGUCUUUUGUUCGCUGUAUCAGGAGAAAGCAGCGGCUACCGUGCGUGGAUACUCUAAAUUAUAUUAAAACUGCGCAGUUUGCACUAGCACGAGGUCGAGAUGUUCAUUCGUCGCCAGCGAGAUAUUUUGCAGAUCAUGAAGUCAAGCAUCCGUGGACAUUAUAUCACCGAAGACUAUAUUCUGAGGCACCACCUGAUAACGACGAGUACCCACCAUUACCAGAAUACAUCGUGUAUGAGGAGCCCAAAGCAAAGGAAGUGUUCAUCAUCCAGGCCAAGGGAUUUCCUUGGUCAUGUACCGCAGACGACUUGAUGAACUUCUUUUCUGAUUGUAGGAUCCGAGGUGGAGUUGAGGGAAUCCAUAUAAUUCACAACAAAAAUGGCAAAUCGACCGCACAGGCGUUUAUUGAGCUGGAGCACGAGGAGGACAUUUGCAAAGCAUUGAAUCUGCACAAACACUACCUGGGACAACGCUUUGUUGAAGUGUAUGAGGUAACAAACAAAGACGCUGAAGCCAUAUUAAAAGCGUCCGUGCAGUUUACAGAGUCCGAUGGAGUGGUGCGACUCAGAGGGCUUCCCUUCAGCUGCUCAGAAAAAGACAUCAUUCGCUUUUUCUCUGGGUUAGAGAUUGUGGAAGAUGGAGUUACAAUAGUCCUGGACAGGAAAGGGAGAAACUCAGGUGAUGCCUUUGUGCAGUUUUCCACGAAGGAAAUGGCUGAAGAGGCCUUAAAGAAAGACAGAGAAGUCAUGGGAAACAGGUAUAUUGAGAUUUUCCCUAGCAAGAAAAGCGAGAUUCAUGUCCAGUAUAGGCGGCGGUGAGAUGAAAUACCAGCAUCACGCACUGAGAGCACAUCACACACAAUGAAAGCAGCAAACAGUAGCUUUAUAUCAACAACACAAAACUUCAUUCAUAUGAGAGGUCUGCCAUAUGAUGCCACAGGAGAAGACAUUGUAAAGUUUUUUGCUCCUAUCAGACUGGUGAAGAUUGUUGUAGAGUACGACCCUGACGGACGACCCACCGGUGAGGCAGAGGCCUACUUCAGAACACAUCAAGAUGCCGUUUUAGCCAUGUCCAAAGACAGAGAGUAUAUAAGUAAGCGAUAUAUUGAGCUGUUUUUGAAUUCAUCAGCAUCGAGGGAGAAACAAUAAGAUGAACGUAAACUAUUUAAACUGUCUUCAUGCACUGCGUCCUGGCUUAAUGGAAGUGAUUCAGCAUGUAUUACAAGAAUACAUAAAACCAACAUUAAAAAGAA